AUGGCCGAUAAAGGCAAAGGCAAGGAAAAGGAAGUCGCCGUAACAGACGACAACCUCGUCCGUGAGGCAAGUGACUGUCUCUUGUCCAGUGACCUUCCUGAGGGUGAGGCACAGGAUUUUACCCAAGGUCUACAACCCAUCCCCCCAACCUCAGGAGCCAGUGUUGAAGCCCAACAUGCAGGAGAAUCUGAUGGCUUUGACGAGUCGGAUGCCUCUUCCAAUAGCGAGCUUCCUGGAGACGCCUACAGCUCUACUGAUAAUCUCACAAUCGCGGUUCCCCUUGGCCCUUCUCACAGCUCUCGUCCCACGGUGCCACGGGACUACAUUCCCACUAGCACUACCAGCACCCCCCAGUCUCGCUCUAUGAUCUACGACAGCGAGCUCGAGGAUGAGCGUAACAGGCUUGAGGAUAGAUACGGCCAGCCUCGCAACCAGGCCGGCACUUUUUUUCAGUACUGCCGCGCCAUUCGACACCAUGUCCGCACCACCAUGGAAUCCCUGGGUGACACUCUCGGCAUCUUCAGUCAGGCGCAACUUGCUGCUAGAGCAGCACGCGAGGAACAACGCCGAAGCCUCUAUGAUAUCCCUACUCACUACCGGGACCUGAAGCAAAUCAUCCGACAUGGUCGUGCCGUCAACCCUAACAAUCACGACCAACCUCGUGGCAACAAUGGCGAUAAUCCUGGAGGCGGCAGAGACGCCUUGAGCCAAGGCAGCAAUGAAGGAGGUCCCAGAAGCUAUAGAAAUGCCCCAUCGCGCUAUAGGGAGAUCCCUGGCCGGUACAACGGUCCUUCUCCAUAUCUCAACUUACGCCAAGCCGGCUAUGGUGGCAAUGCCUUCGCCAGAAACAACAGCAAUUCAGCGCAGACUGGCAGUCGUGUUUCUCCUGUGACGGGACAGCGUCCCAGUGGCCCGCAUCAGUCCACUACUACUGCCACAAGCAAUGCCCCUAUCAGAAGCUUCAACUCCGCUCAGAAUGGUAGCUUCGGUCGCAGCAUCGCUGGCCCGCGUCCUACUGGUCUGCGUCUCGCCGCCCCUCGUCCUGCUGGACCAGCCCGGACCAACGCCAUUGACCAUGCCCCCAUCAAUCCCACCCAGAACAGCAGUUUUGGUUUCGGCAUUACUGGACCGCGUUCCACUGACCCCCGUCAGCCUUACUUCGGUAGCAUCAACGCUAUUGUCAACAACGAUUACAGCUCGGCUCAGAGCAGCCGCGUGGGCCCCAGCAUCACGGCGCCGCGUCCGCAGCAGAAUCAGCCUCUCGAAAACAGAGAUGGCGCGCCUUCUUCUGCCCCCAGCGGCCAUGGUGCACGGCACACAACAUCCUGGUGCCAAACCCCUCAGGACAUGGGUGGUAGCAAUCUCGCCGGCCCCACGAAUGGAGGCUCUUUCUUGAGCAUCCAGACCCAUGUGCCCGCCAGCAACCACGUCAGUGACGGCGGCUAUUACGAUCUCGGAGGAACUGGUGCUGGUGAUUCGCUUGCCCAAAGCCCAUCGGCGAGCAACGACGGUGGUGACGGUGGCUCUUUCGAUCAGGGCUAUCAAGUUCCCGCUCCCGCUCCCGCUUCCGUCAGACCCGGUCAUGGUAAUUUGCCUCCAUUCACCCCCCAGGCGAGCAACAACGGCAAUGACAACGGCCGUCACGAUCUCGAGGAAUCUGGUCCUGACGACUGUGGUCUCCGCCAAUCCCUGGAGAGUGACGACGGCGGUCAUGGCGGCUAUUACGAUCAGGGCUAUCAAGGUCCCAAACCACCUGAUGAUGAUGAUCAAGGUCCCGCAGGACCUGGUCAUGAUGAUCUGCCUUCAUGGGACCCCCAGGCGGCCAACAGCGGCGGCGAAAAUGAGCGCCCUCACCGGUUUGCUCACCGUCUGACUAUGGCGGAUAGUAAUGUUGGUGCUAGCGGCUCUGGUAGCAGCGUCACUGGCCCUCGACCAACUGGUUCUUCGCAGGACCACAAUCCGAUUGUCGGCGCUGGCCCCCUGGGAAGAGUCUUUGGCCCCCAGCCUCCUGAAUCUAUUGUUGGUGGUUCCGACCUCAGCGACGGUCCGCGUACACCUCCUGGCCCUUUGUCACGUCGCAAUGGCAAUGUGUCCACCGGAUUCUAUGGCCCCUCCAACGAUUACGACAGUGACAAUUCCGAUGAUGGCAGCCAGGACAAUGGUGACUACGAUGAGGUAGGUAGCCGGGACAUUGCCCGUGACCUGUACCGAAUACGACCCUGGGAGAGAGAGAGCAGUCCUAGUCCUCCACCUGUCCCGCAGCACGACUUUGCCACGCCCCCUUCGGCUGGUUCCAUCGGACCAAGUCAGCAGCUCCCUGGUAUUGAUGAGUACAUGAUUGGCAAUACCGGCGGCGAGGCGUAUGAGAUGACUACCUUCCACACCAGCAGUGGCUCUGCCCAGGGAGGUGGCAGCGUCAGUGCGGCGGCACAGAAUGCACCUGGCCGUUUGCCAUUUCCGCAGACCACCAUUGGCGUGAAUCGCUCGAGACAGAGCGAGCUCGCAGCUCGACGUACGAGCGUUCAAACCGAGUCGGUCUCUUCCAGCGGUGACUUCCCUGCGGGUAGCACCGGCCACAGCAUCCCGUUGCCUGUGCUCAACAACGUCCAGCCCAGCAACUUCGUCGUCGAGAACAGCAAUGUCGUUGAAAACAGCAUCGACACCGCUGAGAACCCAGGCACUGACAGCCAAGGCGACAUCGCGAACGGCAAUACCGCCGCAGCGGCAUCCGCUGCAACCAUCGCCGCACAGGUCCACGUUGGCGACGACAGCGACUCAGCCAGCCAGCACACUGCUACACCCACCAACAACGCAUCGGCUGGCCAGCUCCCAAGCCCAGACACAGAUGUCGUCGAGGGCGACAUUACCACGCGCAUAUCUCGCAGCUUCAGCUUCUCAAACAGCCAGAGCAGCGCCGUUAAUCCCGCCACUCAGAGCAACAUGAUCGCCCGCAGCGCUUCACACAGCCAGCUUCCCCUGCCCAGCAUGGAUGAUGCCAAUGACGACGUGACGAACAACGGUAUCCUGGCGAAUCCUGGCCGCGAGAGCGACGGCGACGGCAACGCCGACUACUAUUACAACGACUUGGACGUGAACAAUGCCAGCUUCACCAACGAUUCUGGCUGGGCUCACGCCGACCACGCCUGGCCUUUUUUCGGCAGCCAGUACCACAGAGAUGCAGACACGAUCGACUCGCAGUUCGAGUACGGCGCGGAUCUUUGGGACUCGACCCACGACGGCUUCGAGCGCCGCUACAGAGAGGGCCGCCUGUGGAGCCAGAACAAGCCUCCCACCCUAAACAAGACUGCCGGCCGAAGAGUGGAGUGGCCGGUCUUGCACGUCUUGGAGCUCAUCCGUGAAGAACAGGAGGAGAAUGAGCCCCAGGAGUCCGAGGCGACCCGGGACUCCCGAGAGCAGUUUGUCUUGAAGCUCUGGAUUGUCAAGAAGAAGAAGCAGGAGAAUGGCGACAAGCGCCGUUAAGCUUGGAGGAUCGUGUCUGAGCGGCCUUUCUCUGGCAUUCUUGUGGGGGGGAUACUAUUUCGCCAGCUUUGGAGAGCUUCAGAACUUUGAGAAAAUCUGGUUUGCCAUAAUUGCAAGCUGCUGGUUCGUUGAACAAAUAGUUGGCAUCUCUGGAAAGCUUAGGUGAUGAUCUUCAGCAUUGGCGCCGUUAUUCUUGGCAAAGACGCAGCGAGAUAGGAGUGAUGUUGGACAUGGUGGCUUUUGGUGAAAACUGUAGGACAACACUUGGCCUGUUUGGAGAUAAACAACGAUGGGAUCACCUCAGAUAGGUUCACAAAAGAUCCACACAGAA